GUGGUCAUGCAAUCCUUCGUGUGUUUGUUGGUUGCUAUCUGCGGAUUCCCCGUGUCAUUUGCUGACGGCGUGUGUAAACAAGCACAACCGCUGGCGGACCAGGUGCGGGGUGAGUAUUACUGCAUGGUUGAGGAUAUACUGCGCGAAGAUGCACCUGCAGAGGAGGACCACAACUUGAGUGAGGGUGUGGAGAAACUCAUUGUGGAUUUUAUUGACAAAGCUUCUCAGCCGCCUUUUUAUGAUGAAUGUGUACCUUUUGUCUCCGAGUACACAGACUGCUCAAAAGAGAACAUAUGCACUGGAUGCACAAGGUGCAUCUGUGAUCCUGGAGGCAGGUGGAACUGUUCACAAGUCUCCACCUGCAGACCUAGCGCCAAGCUGGUGGUCGACCAUCACGUACUGGUAGCUGUGAUGGAGAACUUAGUAGAAGGCGAUAAUGUUCUUAAAAGAAGGAAGCGUUCGUUUGAUGAAUUUAGCUAUGACCGAGACUAUGAAGAUAUUUUUAAGUGGAUGUACGGCAUCGCUCCUUUUGAUAUGUCAGAUGAAAUCAAUACUCCACACCAUAACACACUCAGCACUACGAGUUUUCCAGAUCUUUCGCGAUACAAUACAAAUACAAAAGCAGAAAAAGGGGAAGAAAUUAUUAAAUUCAAUCAUGCCAACAAUUAUGAGAGUAGUGUUAUACUAGAAAACCGAAAAUCUAAUAAGCCUACUGAUUUGAUUCGCCUACUUGAUAAAGUCUUGGCUAUGACAGAACCAUCUAAUGUACUUCAAAAAAGUUCGGUAGAAAAUAACAAUAGCAAAGAAAUAUUAUACUUUAACCUGCCAAGAAAGAUCGUUGAACGAAAUGUCGUAGAAUCUGUGGAAAGCCCUGUUUAUGCUACAAAUAAUUUAACGCACUUAAUAACUGAAGUAAUGCAAGAGUGCAUUGUUCCAAUGAAUACAAUAAUAUACAAAAAGUUCGAAGAGCUUAAUGAAUUGAUCAAUGUGAGAGAUAAACUUCAAAAUUCAAUAACAACACAUACAGGAAUCAAUGUUUCACACUUAGCAACAAAAUAUUAUAUAAAUCAUACACAGAUAGAAUCAGAUGUAUUUGAUGUCAAGUCAGUUUUUCGAAGAUCAAACGAAUUUAACCUAAGAGUAAUUAAAGAAAAAUUAGUAAAGGACAUACAAGCAGUGAUAAGAGGAUUGUCUAUUCUCAAAAGAUUUUCAGAAAAGCCAUUAUCAGUAGAGUUACAAUAUCUUAGUCAAGCUUUCUCUCAUUUUAUGAAUAGAAAUAAUAAGUUACUAUCCGAACAAAAAAAUAGAAAAGGUCACAUCUUAAAUAAAUAUUUCAGACGCAAUAUUAUAGAUAAUUUGAACGAUGAAAAAUCUAAUAUUGUGCUACUGAUAAAUCGUAUCAUUGAAUUAAUGGAUAAAAAUAUGCCUUUGAAUAACGUUUUACAAUCGUUGUCAAGAACUGUAAGAAAAAUUAUGAGUCGUGUAAUAAGUCAAUACUAUACCGAUGAAAUGGCAAUGUUGAACUUAAAAAUUAAUGAAAAUAAAUAUAACGUGGUGAAUAAUAUAAAAGCAGUAAGUAAUCAAAUUCAGGAUAUAAUGAUUCUAGGGAUCAAUUAUGAAACUUAUUCUAAAGGUUUGUAUCAUUACAAGAUGCUUCACUUAAAAGUAUCAUCCAAUAUAGCUGAGCUAAAUGAUAUUACGACUAUUGUUAGUUUUAAUCAAAGGCGAAAAAUGAAAAUAUAUGAAGAUCAAAGUGCAGAGAUUGUAAUUGAAAAAAUUAACAGUGAUUUAAAUAAUAUAAAUAAAAAAUAUUCGCGUCUAAUUGAGCUACAAUCAUCAAGAGAUAAGUUUAAAUCUAUAUCAAUUAUGAAUAAUCUUAAUAAUUUGGAUAAAACAGAAAAGAAAAUGUCAUUUUUUCAAAAGAUUAAAAAACUAUUCCAAAAAUCUAAAAAAGAUGUUCGUGAUCUUUUGAAAAGUAAGGUACCUAAAAGUAAUAUUAUUGAUAAUAUUGCUAGGAGACGAAUUGACGAAAUUGGCAAUAAUAAACUAAGAGAAUAUGAAGAAAAGUUACGCCAGUGGCAAAAUAGUUUAAACGUUGCACAGCGACUUAAACGCUCACCAAAAGAUAUCUACAAAUUUGUGAAUCGUAUUAAGAGUAUAAUACCUGAAUAUUUACAUAAAAAGGUUAAGCCCGCUGUAGACUUCAAACAGAAAAAGAACAGAACUGUUACAACUAAACACAGAUACGACAAACGAAGAUUAACGACUAAACAAACAGAACUAAGCGCAACAACGGAGGGGACACAACUACACAACUAGAGCACGCAUCCCAGUUAUCCCUUAGCAUUUCAAUCCAAAAUCUAUAUGUUUUUGAACAGAUUUGAUUAACAAAGGCUUACUGAUAAGAAUCUAUGAUCAUGGUGAUGGUUUAAAGUUGUAAUUAAAGUAC